CGGAUGACGACGUCAGCACUGAUGUUGCUUCUUCGGUGCAGAUUUCAUCCUAGCAUGUUUGUUGUAGGCGCUCGAGUAUGUUUACGUCAAGACAAGCUAGUGCCGUUUAUUGGCUGUCUCUUAAUUGGUGCGCUUCUACUAGACUUAAGAGUCUUUUAACUGCAUGAGUGCGUUCACAUUGGGAAGUACCCGGAUGAUGCACUCAAAACAGUGAGUGUGCACCGAUGGACACUUAACCACCAUCAGCGGUCGCCAUCUUGGCUGCGUGUGCAAUGACAGUAUUGUAAUGGAGUUGGGACAGUACUACACUGUCAGCAUUCACGCAGUCAGGAAGUUGCUUCUGCUGCUCCAUGGAGUCUGGCGUGAGGAUCUACAACGUGGAGCCUCUGAUGGAGAAAGGUCACCUGGAUCACGAGCAGGUGGGCAGCGUGGCGCUGUGCUCCAUGCUGCAUAGAUCCAACCUGCUCGCCGUGGUUGGGGGCGGAGUCAAUCCCAAAUUCUCCGAAAUAUCGGUGCUGAUCUGGGACGACGCCCGUGAGUCUCGAGACGCCAAAGACAAGCUGGUGUUGGAGUUCACUUUCACCAAGCCCGUCCUGGCGGUCCGCAUGAGACAUGACAAGAUCGUCAUCGUGUUGAAGAACCGCAUCUACGUGUACACCUUUCCCGACCAGCCCGUCAAGCUGUUUGAGUUUGACACCCGAGAUAAUCCCAAAGGUCUGUGUGACUUGUGUCCCAGCCUGGACAAGCAGCUGCUCGUCUUUCCGGGUCACAAGUGUGGAAGUCUGCAGCUGGUGGAUUUGUCCAACACCAAACCCGGAACGUCGUCUGCCCCGUUCACAAUCAACGCCCACCAGAGCGAGAUCGCCUGCGUGGCGCUCAACCAGCCCGGCAGCGUGGCAGCCUCAGCCUCCCGCAAAGGAACGCUGAUUCGUCUCUUUGACACCAUCACUAGGGACAAGCUGGUGGAGCUGCGGAGAGGCACCGACCCGGCCACCCUCUACUGCAUCAACUUCAGUCACGACUCGUCCUUCCUGUGCGCAUCCAGCGAUAAAGGGACAGUCCACAUCUUCGCCCUCAAGGACACCAAACUCAACCGCCGCUCUGCGUUAGCGCGCGUGGGAAAGGUGGGCCCUGUGAUUGGUCAGUACGUGGACAGUCAGUGGUCUCUGGCCAGCUUCACUGUGCCCGCCGAGUGCGCCUGCAUCUGCGCCUUCGGGAAGAACACGUCCAAGAACGUCAACUCUGUCAUCGGUGAGGACGGCAAAGCCAUUUGCGUGGACGGAACCUUCCACAAGUACGUCUUCACCCCCGACGGGAACUGUAACAGAGAAGCCUUUGACGUCUUCUUGGACAUUUGUGACGACGAUGACUUCUGAAGCCGAGAGGAAACCGGGAUGUUGAGUGACAGUAAGGCCCCACACGGAUGAGGAGUCACUGGUCGUCAUGGUAACAGGCGGACUGAGAUGCAAACACUUGAUGUGACCACAGAUACAAGCUGCGUGUCAAAGGGAGUACACUUCAACAAGUACACUGUGUACUUAGUCCCUGAGUGUGUGAGUGCACUUACUGGAAAUUACCAUCACAAUAUAUUACCCUCCUCUUCUUCUGUUCAUCACUUUCCAUCGAUACGUGUUGCUCCUCAGCCGCCAUUAUUUUGAGAUAGCCCCUCCCCUUCCACUGCAUUGGAGUGAUCCGCACUGACAGUGUACUACAUUUUAACAUACGGACACACAUGUGCACUCAAAACUUUAUGUAACAAUGUUCAUGAAGGUAUUUGAUCAUGAUUAAAUUGUUGUAGAGCCAGUCUA